GAGCUGCACACCGACGCCGGCCUCCUCCUCGCCUUCGUGGCCCCGCUGAUGGCGGCGGGGUCGCCCGCGGGUGCGGCCGGCGCAGUGGAGGUGCUGCUCCCCAGCGGCCAGCGGCGGGCGCUGGUGGCGCCGCGAGACGGGGUCGUGUUCCUGGCGGGCGAGGCCUCGAGGCUGCUGCGGUGGCCCGAGCCCGCCGCGGCCUGGCGCCCGGCGCCGCACGCCCUGCGCCUGGGUGCCGGGUUCGGCUGGCGGGCGUGGUUCGGGGCCAUGCUGCUGCCGCCUCCGGACACCCUGGUCCCAGGCAGCCCGACCGCAGGUGCCCGCGCCCCAGCGGUUGCCUUCGGCGCCCUCUGGGAGGCCGCGCGGCUCGAGCAGGGGCCCGGCCCGGGCGCGGGCGCCGUGGGCUGCGGCGGCGGCCUGCGGCUGGCGGACCAGGCGGGCGGGUGCCCCGCGGGGUCGGCCAGCUGCUGGCUGACCUGCAUGAGCACGCUGGGCCUGGAGACCUGCCAGGGGCACGUCUGGACCCGGGCGCGGGAAGCCGGCUCGCGGGCGCGGCGCGCGAACCUCAGCGUGCAGUGCCGGGAGCCGGGCUCCGGCAGGCGGUGGCCGAGCGAGACGGGGGCGAUGUGCAGAACCUGCCGGCCGAUGUGCACGGCGGCGGUGGAGGGGCACGCGCCGGGGCCCCCGGCGGCGCCCGCGGCAGGCAGGUUCUGCAGGAGCCUCGGCGGCUCGGUCUCGGGCACGGGCUCCGGCACGACCAUGUACAUGGACGGCCUGCGCCUGACGUCCGCGGCGAGGGACGAGGUGUGCGUCGCCUUCCUCGUGCCUGGCCUGGUCCUCGACAGGCCCUGGAAGCUGGCCCUGGCGUGCGGCGGCGCGCUGGCCCUCAGCGCCUGCGUGGAGCUGACCUCCCUCUGCCGCCAGCGGCUGCCCGCCGCGCGCCGGAACGACGCUGGCCUCGCGUGCCACGUGGCCAGCUUGGUCCUCGUGUACUCGGCCAUGCUCCUCGUGAUGACCUAUUGCGGAGGCUCUUCGGGUCCGUGGUCCUCGGGCUGGCGCUCGGCCGCGGCGUGGGCUGGCACGCGUCGCGCCGGGGCCCGGCGCGCGGCGCCGCGGCCGGGGCCACCCCUCGCAGCGUGGUGGAGGGCGUGGCCUCGUUCAGCGCCCUGACGCAGAUGGAGACCCACCUGGAGGUCGGCCGCUGCGGCGCUCUGCGUCCUGGCCUCGCCUGGGCAGCCCGCCUCGGCCCCGUGGGGCCCGCCGCGCGGCGGGCGGUUGCCGCUGUCGGCAGCGCGGCGCUCGAGGCCGAUCUGCUGGCGGGGCGGCGGGGGCCGGUCACCCUGGACGUGGAAGGCAUGGUGUGCCCAGCCUGCGUCGCGAAGGUGACGAAGGCGCUGGUCGCGAUGGAGGGCGUGGUGAGCGCCGACGUGAGCCUGGAGCUGCACGAGGCGGAGGUCGUGUAUCCCCCCCCCUUCGUGCUGUCGCGGGACCUCUGCGACGCCGUGCGCGGCGCGGGCUACGCGGCGGACGUCCAGGCGGGCCAGUCUGUGAGCCGCGCGCCCUCGUCGCCCGCGGCCGCGCGCAGCGCGGCCCCUGGGCCGGGUUGA